AGCCAGGAACGGAUCUCAAGGCUGCAGGCCGGCAAUGCCAGAUUCCCAAUAUCAGGCACGAAGAAAAAGAAACUACAAAAUGUAACGCAACACCGAGGAGACAGGAAAAGAGAGACUUUGAUGAAGAUUUCCAGAACGCGCCCCUGCUGUUCGAGGGUGGAACGGAGCUUCAUCUUGGACAAUGGGCAGCUGCUGGUUUAUAGAGACCACCACCCCAAUGCCAAGGUCAAGGCAAUGUACGAGCUAAAGGAUGCCACCUGUUUUUACGAAGAUAGAAACUCCGCAUCUUUGCCCAAAUGGAUGGAAGGAUACAGCAAGCGGCUCCGCGUCAUUUGCGGCGAAAGAGAGAAACAGAGAAAGUCGCCGUUGUUCUUGUAUUCGAAAGAUGAUGCCAAGAUCCACCGAUGGAAGCGUGCCUUUACAUUGGCAAAGGUUCUUGUCUCUGAGAACGACCGCAGGGCGCUGAAAGUGUCCAUUGGACGCGCUGUUUCGGGCGCCUUGCAGAAAGCUUGGGACGCUUUGUCCACCUAUUAUGGUGAAUAUUCCAAGACAAAAGCUUUGGUGAAGAAUAUGGCCAUGCGGUUGAUGAAGGUUGAUAUCAGCCGGGGAUGGAUGAAGUUUAAACUGGUCUACAAGAAACGUGAGGAGGUGACGAAGCGGCAGAAGGAGCAGCAGCUCUGGGCGGCACGUUUCAUGUCGGAGAAGUUGACCAAACUCGGGAAGCAGAAGGCCAAAGAGAUCAUGGAUGUCAGGGAAGGCGUGAUCACUCGCAUCCAGCAGAGGUUUCGUUCCUACCGUGAAGACAUGAUCUUCGACCGAACCUACCCUCUCAGCUCCAGCAUGAUGUCCAGGGUGCAGCAAGCCAAGGUGGGCCGGCACCUGGACUUCACCAUGCAGACGGUGUCUGCAGACGAUGUAUGCCACGUGUCGCUCUACCGUGAAGUUGCGGAUGGGCUCAAGUCUCGCAAGGCUUGGGAAACAUGGAAAAAAGACAAAGAAGUGUUGAGAUCAAUGACUCCUGCCUACUCUGCCCUCCAUGAUGGCCAGCUUCCAGUUCAACCGGCGCUGGUCUAUGCCUCGGACAACCUCAGCGCGCUCUUCUUCUCUGAGCGCUCGGCCGUUGAUGCGCCUAGCGCCUUCGACAAAACCGACUGGUCCGGGCGCCCGACAGUGCAACGGUGGUCCAAGAUGUCGACGAGAAGAGAAUGA